GUGCCUUUGCCAUUUCUGCCACAUCCUUAGAGCUUAAUUUUGCAUUUGUGUUUUAGCAUCUUUGUUGACUGCUGCAAAUGUUGAUUUUCCGUUGCGUUAGUCAUAAGCUGUAAGUCAUUUAUCCUCCUUUUCUUUUUAAUCUUUAGUUUGUUAGAUACAUGCGCAUAGAUGUUUUUUGUUUCGUUAACCUUCACACCACAUCUUUUCUGUACUUCAGGUUGGCUCCUCACUGCACUGUGAAAACCAUUAGGAAAAGGUCCUUGGGGUUAAAACCUGGGGCUCCACAGUGUUCCCUGCACUUGGGGCUAGAAAUUAUUUUAAAUGGCGACUGAUCUGUCUGAAGCUGAACCCGUGCAUCAUAAGGCGCUUCCACUCUUAACGGGAGCUCAGAUGAUCCACACGGACAAGUUAAGUGAGAAGGUUGAAGACGACACGAUGCCGAUCCGCCGCGCCGUGAAUAAUUCUUCCCGGGAAACUCCUCCCAAAAGCAAACCUGCCGAAGGGGAGGAGGUCAAAGCAGAUCCAGAAGUCACCUCUGAGGAAUCUGCCUCUGUUGGAGGAGAGCAAGAGAGUGAAACUGCUCCUGCUGCGUCCGCUGAAGCAGAACAGCCAAAGGAACCUGAGAAUGAAGGGAAGGGGGAAACAAAGUCCUCCGAAGAAACCAAAAAGGACGAGAAGGAUCAGUCCAAGGAAAAGGAGAAGAAGGUGAAAAAGACCAUUCCUGCGUGGGCUACUCUUUCUGCUAGCCAGCUAGCCAGAGCACAAAAGCAAACUCAGAUGGCUGCCACCUCACGUCCCAAGAUGGAUGCUAUUUUAACUGAGGCCAUCAAGGCCUGUUUCCAGAAGAGCGGCGCCUCGGUGGUCGCGAUCCGGAAAUACAUCAUCCACAAAUACCCUUCCCUGGAGCUGGAGAGGAGAGGCUAUCUCCUAAAGCAAGCGCUCAAGAGGGAGCUGGAGAGAGGAAUCAUUAGACAGGUGAAAGGGAAAGGAGCUUCCGGCAGCUUCGUGGUAGUGUCUAAUGCAGGAAAAACUGUUCCGAAAGCCAGAGACAGAAAGAGAAGCACUUCUGCUUCGACUCCAGAGCAGCAGGUCAAGCUGGAAGACAUCCUGCCCCUGGCCUUCACCCGCCUUUGUGAGCCAAAGGAAGCUUCUUACAGCCUGAUCAAGAAAUACGUGUCUCAGUAUUACCCCAAACUCAAAGUAGAUGUAAGACCCCAGCUGUUGAAGAACGCCCUGCAGAGAGCUGUAGAGAAGGGCCAGUUAGAGCAGAUCACGGGCAAAGGAGCGUCUGGGACAUUCCAGCUGAAGAAAUCAGGGGAGAAGCCCCUGCUGGGUGGGACUCUGAUGGAAGACGCCAUCCUGUCUGCUAUCGCUGCCAUGAAUGAGCCGAAGACCUGCUCCACCACAGCGCUGAAGAAGUAUAUCCUGGAAAACCACCCAGGGACCAACUCCAACUUCCAGGUGCACCUACUGAAGAGAACCCUGCAGAAAUGUGAGAAGAAUGGAUGGAUGGAGCAGAUUUCUGGAAAGGGCUUCAGUGGGACUUUCCAGCUUUGCUUCCCCUAUUAUCCCAGCCCAGAUGUGCUCUACCCAGAGAAGCAGCAGGAUGAGGACUCAGAGGAAUCUGAUGAGGAAGAGGAGGAGGAGUCUGAGGAGGAAGAGGAGUCUGAAGAGGAAGAGUCUGAGGAGGAAGAGCCCCCACCAAAGAAGAGGAUGCAGCAGAGGCCUCCUCCGAAAUCGCGGAGCCGGGCCCCGCCGAUGAAGCGCAGGGAGGCCAAGCCCAAGCCCAGGAAGACGCCGGCGGCGCGGCGGGGAAAGGCCAAGCCGGCCCCCCAGGGGAAGACGCCGGCCAAGAAGGCCAGGCCGGCCGCCCCGGCCAUCAAGAAGGCCCCGGGCGGCAGCUCCGCCAAGAAACCCGCGGCCGGCGGCAGCAGGAAGGAGGUGAAACCCUCUGCCAAGGGCAAAGCCACCAUGAGGAAAUCUCUGCGGGCAAAAAAGUAAUUUUGGUUUUACAGCAUCAGGGAAGCCCAUGGUCAAACCCACCUUUUUG